AUGCCACUGAAGCUGCUCCUGUUCUUCGUGGGAAUCAGCCAAGCUACAGUUUUUUCAAGUCAAGGACUAUGGAAAAGUGAAGAUUUCAGCACAUCUUUCACCCGCUCACAUGACAACUACGAAUGGACCACAUGGUUCAAUGUGGACCACCCAGGAGGCCGCGGAGACUACGAGCAGCUGGACGCCAUUCGCUAUUACUAUCGGGCUCGAGUGUGUGAGACCCCUCGGGCACUGGAGGCCAGAACCACUGAUUGGGUCCCAGCCCGAGAAACUGGAGAAAAAGUGCAUGCAGACCUGACUGUGGGUUUCUGGUGCCUCAAUGAGGAGCAAGGUUCAGGACGAAACUGCUCCAACUAUGCAGUUCGAUUCCUUUGUCCCAAAGGUAACAGUCUAGUAUUUCAGAGUAUUUGGAGUCAGUGGUCAGACUGGGGCCCAUGUUCUGCCCUGUGUGGUCAAGUUGGGGUUCAAAUUCGCUCCAGAAGCUGCAGUUCUCACUCAAUGCUUUGCAAUGGACCAAGGGAAGAAAAGAAAGAAUGUCAUGGGCCUGAGUGUCUGACAGAGUGCUCCCUACAUUGUGUGAUGGGGAGGGUAAAUGCUGAGUGUGAUAGAUGCAUGUGUGAAGAACACAUCCUGCUGGGCUCCGUCCGUGGUUCUGGGGGCCUCAUUGGUGAAGGGGCUGCAAUACUUGUCUCCCAAAAACUCCUAACGCUCACAGACCACAACGGACACUUCCGGAUCCCCGGGCUCUGCCCUGAUGGCAACACCACAGUGACAAUCAGACUUCAAGGCCACGCAAGCCUUAGUGUUAUCGUACCCAAGAGCUCUGAGCGUACCACAGUACUCAGCGUACAGCUUAAAAGAUCAGAGAAGCUUCAUGUGUUGAGCAAUCCUGAGAGCAAAGCAAGGAGGGAGGGACAAACUGUUGCAUUCUGCUGCAAUGUGGAUGGAAAACCAGAGCCAGACAAGUAUCAAUGGUUCCACAACAACAGCCUCCUAGAAAGGAAAUUUGAGAGCACCUUGGUUAUUAAAGAUCUGCAACCUGAACAAGCUGGAGAGUACUACUGCAGGGCAAGUGGCCAAUCUGGGGCUAUUAAGACCAAAUCAGCCACACUCAAAAUCAUUGGCAAAAAUAGCCCUUCAUGCAACCCCACGCCUGAAUCUCAUCUCAUACGUCUUCCACAUGACUGCCACCAAAACAGCACAGACUCCUUUUACUACGAUGUGGGCAAAUGCCCCUCCAGCACAUGCGUUGGACAAUUGGACAAUGGUAUUAGAUGCAAAGACAAAGUGUCUUACUGCUGUGGUGUGGCAAAAAUGGAGGAAAGGCACUUGACAUGCCAGGGCUACCAGCUACCCGUAAUGGUGGUCAGUGAAUGCGGCUGUCAGAAAUGUGUCAACACCAAGUCAAUUGUCCAUGGUAGAGCCGUGGCUGCAGACAAUGGUGAGCCAAUGAGGUUUGGCCACAUCUUUAUGAAUGGUGUAAGGAUUAGUCGUACAGGCUACAAAGGUACCUUCACCAUCCAUGUUCCUCCUGAAACAGAGAGGUUAGUCCUGACUUUAGUGGACAACAUGGGUAAAUUCAUUAACACAACAAAGGUGCUUCCAUUCAAUGCCAAAGGAGGUGCUGUUUACCAUGAAAUUAAACUUCUAAGAAAGAAAGAACCCAUCACUAUUAGUUCUUCAGAAAACAACAUUCUUGACCUUGGGGAAGUAGAAGGCCAGGAGCCAAUGGCUCACAUUCAGAUUCCCCCCAAUUCCUUCUAUAAGGAGAACGGAGAAGUGUUUGUGGGUGACGUCAAUGCUAGUGUAACAUUUCUUGAUCCCAGAGACGUUUCUACAGCAGCUGCGGCCCAGAGUGAUCUCAACUUUGUCGGGAAUGAAGGCGAUACCUUGCCACUAAGAACUUAUGGGAUGUUUUCAGUGGACUUCAGAGGUGGAGAAACCAAUGAGCCCUUGAAUGCAGGUGAAGUGAAGGUGUUCCUGGAUUCUGCUCAGGUGACGAUGCCUGAACACCUUGGUAUCAUGAAACUGUGGUCACUCAACCCUGAUACAGGCCUGUGGGAGGAAGAGGGAAGUCUGAUGGUAGAAAAGAAAUCAAGAGGGAAAAGGGAGGAAAGAACCUUUCUUGUUGGUAACAUGGAGAUCAGAGAACGGCGACUUUUCAACCUAGAUGUCCCAGAGAACCGCAGAUGUUAUGUGAAAGUGAGGGCCUUCCGCAGUGAACGUUUCAUGCCAAGUGAACAGGUUGAGGGAGUUGUAGUGAGUCUCAUAAACAUGGAGCCCACAGCUGGCUACUCCACUAACCCUCGGGCCUGGGGACGUUUCGAUAGUGUCAUCACAGGCCCUAAUGGCGCUUGUCUUCCUGCUUUCUGCGAUGAGCAAAAGGCAGAUGCCUACUCUGCCUAUGUCCUGGCCAACCUUGGAGGUGAGGAACUAGAGGCCGUCCCAUCUGCCCCAAAACUCAUUCCAAAUGCUAUUGGGGUGCCUCAGCCAUAUCUGGGCAGGCUAAACUACAGGCGCACGGACCAUGAAAACCCCAGACUCAAGAAGACAGCAUUCAGCAUCAAUGUGGCAAAACCGAGUCCAAACACAGCUGAAGAGGCAAACGGACCGGUGUAUGCAUUUGAAAAAUUGAAGGAAUGUGAGGAGGCACCCUUCAGUGCUGCACAUUUCCGGUUCUCACGAGUGGAAGGAGAUCGUUAUGACUACAACACGGUGCCAUUCAAUGAGGACGACCCUAUGAGCUGGACAGAGGACUAUCUCAGUUGGUGGCCUAAACCAAUGGAAUACCGUGCUUGCUUCAUCAAAGUAAAAAUCAACAGCCCACAUGAAAUUAAUGUGCGGUCCCAUAACAUGGGGGGCACCCACCCAAAGACAGUAGGCCAGCUGUAUGGUCUCCGAGACAUCCGUAGUAUCCGGGACAUGGACCAGACGGCAGUGUCGGCCGUGUGCCUGGAGUUCAAGUGCAGCGGCAUGUUGUAUGAUCAGGAACGCGUCGAUCGCACAUUGGUGAAGGUAAUCCCGCAGGGUAGCUGCAAAAGGGAUCAUGUCAACCCACUGCUCCAGGAGUAUCUGGUUAACCAUCUGCCAUUAGCAGUAAACAAUGACACAAAUGAGUUCAGGAUGCUUGCACCUCUUGAUCCUCUCGGGCAUAACUAUGGCAUAUAUACAGUAACUGAUCAGGAUCCACGCACAGCCAAAGAAAUUGCUCUCGGCCGCUGCUUUGAUGGCACCUCUGACGGCACUUCUCGUGUCAUGAAAAGCAACGAGGGUGUCGCGCUGACAUUCACUUGUGGCGAUCGCGAAGUUACCCGUCAAAGUGUCUUUCAGGCCCUGAAAAACUCACAAGGUCAGACAGUCACGAGUGUUGGGAGAAGCGAAGGCAGACAAAACCGGCGUCGGCAAAGGGCCAACGCCUCCCGCAACAGUCAAAGACGCAGUACCAGAGAUCCCAAAGGAAGAAGCAUGAAGGCCAGAAGCUAA